GGGGAGGUGGGGACGCGGGGACAUGAGGACACCUGGAAGUGCGGACUUGUGGACACGAGGACAGGAGGACGUGGGGCGGCGGGGACCCCGCGCCAUCUUUCAUCGGAUCGCAUUCCAUCCGGAGUCCAUGCAGCCCGCUGUCAAAGGCGCCGUGCCUGGGCUGGGCUCACCGCGGGGGCUCACAGCCCCACAUCCCUCUGGCAGAGGGGACCGAGCUGUGGGGACAGCAAUGGAACCCUCACCUCACCGCCUGUUGUUCCGCCUGUGCCGCAGGUGUCCUGGCUGGACUCCUCCCAAACGGCCCAGAAGGAGAAACCCUUCCUCUAUACCUCUGGCUUCCCUGUGCUCAACAGAUCCUUCUUCCCCGGCUUCCACACCCCUGCCAUGAAGAGCACCUACACGGCACAGCUCCAGGUCCCCGAGGGUUUCACGGCCGUGAUGAGCGCCACAACCUGGGAGAAGCAGAAAGAUAAUACCUUUGUCUUCAAGAUGGAGCACCCCAUCCCCUCGUACCUGAUUGCCCUGGCCGUGGGGGACAUUGUGUCUGCUGAGGUUGGCCCGAGGAGCCGAGUCUGGGCUGAGCCCUGCCUGAUCGAGGCUGCCAAGAAGGAGUACGAUGGGGUGAUCGAGGAGUUCCUGGCUGUGGGCGAGAAGCUCUUUGGGCCCUAUGUUUGGGGCAGGUACGACGUGCUGUUCAUGCCGCCCUCCUUCCCCUUCGGUGGGAUGGAGAACCCCUGCAUCACCUUCGUCACGCCCUGCCUGCUGGCCGGGGAUCGCUCCCUGGUGGACGUCAUCAUCCACGAGAUCUCCCACAGCUGGUUUGGCAACCUGGUCACCAACGCCACCUGGGGCGAGUUCUGGCUGAACGAGGGCUUCACCAUGUAUGCCCAGAGGCGGAUUUCCACCGAGGUCUAUGGUUCAGCCUACACCUGCCUGGAGGCUGCGACGGGCCGGGCCCUGCUGCGCCAGCACAUGGACACCACUGGGGAGGAGCACCCACUGAACAAACUGCGGGUGGUGAUUGAGCCAGGUGUCAACCCAGACGACACGUACAACGAGACUCCCUAUGAGAAGGGGUUCUGCUUCGUCAGCUACCUGGCACACCUGGUGGGGGACCAGCGCAAGUUUGACUCCUUCCUGCAGGCCUACGUGGAGCAGUUCAAGUUCCAGAGCAUCACUGCAGACGAUGCCCUCAAUUUCUUCCUGGAAUACUUCCCCGACCUGAAGAAGCAAGGCGUGGACUCACGCCCAGGUCUGGAGUUCGAUCGCUGGCUCAACACGCCGGGCUGGCCGCCCUUCCUGCCCGACCUGUCCCCAGGGCAGCAGCUGAUGAAGCCGGCGGACGAACUGGCAGAGCUGUGGGCAUCUGAUGGCCUGAACAUGGAGAAGAUCGAAGCCGUGGACAUCUCAGCCUGGAAGACGUACCAGCUGGUCUACUUCCUGGAUCGGAUCCUGCAGAAGUCGCCCCUGCCUGAUGGCAACGUGGAGAGGCUGAGCACCACGUACCCGAAGAUCUCCAAGGCCCAGAACGCGGAGCUGCGGCUGCGCUGGUGCCAAAUUGUCCUCAGGAACAACCACGAGGCCGAGUACAGCAAGGUGAAGGCGUUCCUGCACAGCCAGGGGAAGCAGAAGUACACGCUGCCGCUGUACCGCGCCAUGUGGGGCGGCUCGGAGGCUGCCCGAGCGUUGGCCAUGGAGACCUUCUCAGCCACAGCCCCCCAGCUGCACAUCAACGUCCGCAACUACGUCAAGAAGAUCCUGGGCUUGGAGGGGAGCGACUGACUGCGCCCGCAGCCCCAUCCCCUGCCCUCCUUCUGCAGGCUGCUCAGCUCUCACUGCACGUUUCCUUAUUAAACUCGGCUGUUUUUA